AUGGCGCCGCCUCUCUCCUUCCUUGCGGCCUCCGCUUCGCUCCUCGCCGCAGCCGUUCCUUCGCGUGGAUCAUCCGCGCGGGUGCACCGAGCAGGCGGCGCGGCGACUCUGGGCCUCAUCUUGAUCUUCGCCGCGUGCGCCGUUCCCGCGAUCGCCGCCUACCCCGACGAGCAAAUAAUGGGUGUCGUCGCGAAGGCGCUCGGUGCCGACCAUGCCCUGGGCUGGACCAACAACACCUCGCCGUGCGUCGACGGCUGGAUCGGCGUGGUGUGCGACCAGGUCGGGAGGGUGACGGCCAUCUACGCGCGCAACACAGGCCUCAACGGUACCUUGCCGCCGGACAUUGGAGGUCUGGCCGCGCUGCACGAGCUCGACCUCCGUGACAACUCCAUCAGGGGAGAACUUCCGAACCAGUACUUCCUCGACCUGAUGCGGCUCCGGCUUGACGGCAAUAAUUUCACGUCCAUCCCCACCGGCUUCUUGAGAUUCGGGACGUCCCUGCAGAUCUUCACCAUCAGCAACAGUUCGCACCUCCAGAGCUGGGAGCUGCCUCGUGGCCCUUACGGCCCUCUCGGGUUCGAAACCACGCUCCAGGUGUACAUCGCCGACAACGCCCACCUCGCCGGGAACCUCUCCCUUUUCCUCGGCAGCAACAACUCCUUCAACAGCCUCAACGUUCUGUCCCUGGCGAACAACAACCUCACUGGCGAGGUUCGGGCAACCUUCGCAAGCCGGACGCUCACACAGCUCGACUUGAGCCACAACAUGCUCACAGGACCGGUCAGCUUCCUCGGCAAUCUCCGAGAGCUUGAAGAGAUCCGACUCAACGGAAAUGGCUUUACGGGCCCCUUGCCAGACUUCAGUGGCCAUUGGAGUCUCACAUUGGUCGAUUUAGCACACAACCGUCUUACUGGUGUCGUGCCCGCGUCCCUGGUCCAACUGGGAGGCCUGCGCUCAGUGUCGAUCAAGCAUAAUUUGUUCCAAGGUGCUGUUCCGGAAUUCGCAGGAUCAGUCCUGACUGACAUCGCUGAGGCAGCAUCAAAUGAGAGCUUCUGCCGGCCACAGCCUGGACCGUGUGACAGGCGUGUCCAGUCCUUCAUCGCCAUCGCCGGGGGUUUUCGAUUCCCGGAGGAUCUUGCGGCGAGCUGGAAGGGUAACGACCCAUGUGAUCGGUGGCUCGGCAUCUACUGCAACAAGAACGGCGAGAUCACCGGCGUGAACUUUGGCCACCUCAAGUUCAACGGCACUCUUCAUCCGGCUUUCGGUGAUCUAAAAUCCCUGAUGAUGAUCAUUGUCGCCGGCAACAACCUCACAGGUACUGUGCCUCCGUCGAUCGCCGCAUUACCAUCUUUGAGGAUCAUCGACGUCUCCGACAACUCACUGUCGGGCACCAUGCCGACAUUCCGUAGCGGCGUGAUGAUCUGGGCUGGAGGCAACAAGAAUCUCACCGUUGCAGGCGCCUCCCGGCUGUGCAUCACGGACCCUAUGCGUCGUUUCGCUGCUGCCGCCGCUGCGGCCAUUGUUGUUCUAGUGCUUGCUUGA